AAUCCCAGUGCCUAAUGCUCUGCAUGCCAAGGAGCACUUCUGCUCACGGACACAAGCCCUGCAUCAGCUGACUCAUUAGGGCCAUGUCAGUGGCCUUUGUGAGGGACUCUACCUCCUCCUUGCCUUCUCUACAGAAGAAUCAAGAGGUUAUAUAUGAGGCUAGCAGAGUGCUUCAGACCUGGGCUGCCCAGAUAAAGGGCUUGAUGCUGGUACUGGUGCCAGGAUGUUUACAUGUCAGGUUGGGGAUUGUGCUGGUGUUGGUACUGAGUUUCCUGCCAACCUUGUGCUGUGACCUGGGGUCAGUAUAUUCCUCAUCCUAUGAAAUAGUCAUCCCCAAGGCUCUGACAGUUGAGGGAAGGCAAGACCCAGAGGAAGAGGCAUCUUAUGUGAUAUCUACGCAGGGCGAGAAACAGCUGAUUCAUCUGAAAGUGAAGACAGACUAUUUUAUCAAGAACUUUCCAGUCUUCAGCUACCACAAUGGCAUCCUGGGACAAGAAAUGCCUUUCAUCUCACAUGACUGUCACUAUGAAGGCUACAUAGAAGGAGUCCCGGGUUCUUUUGUUUCUGUCAACACCUGUUCAGGCCUCAGGGGCAUCCUGAUUAAGGAGGGAAAAUCCUAUGGCAUUGAGCCCAUGGACUCUUCAAAACAGUUUGAACAUGUGUUGUACACCAUGGCCCAUCAAGCUCCAGUCUCCUGCAGUGUCACUUCCCAAGACAGCCCAGUGGUGUCUGCCAGCCGACAACAAGGGAGCAGGAAGCCUGGCGGUCUGCAGGAGCUGUCCUCCUUGUGGUCACUCACCAAGUACGUGGAGAUGUUUGUUGUGGUCAACAACCAGCGGUUCCAAAUGUGGGGCAGUAACGUCAGUGAGACGGUCCAGAGAGUGAUGGACAUCAUUGCCCUGGCCAACAGCUUCACUAGGGGGAUAAACACACAGGUGGUGCUGGCUGGGAUGGAGAUUUGGACCGAGGGGGACCUCAUAGAGGUCCCCGUGGACCUGCAAGUUACACUGGGGAAUUUCAACAGCUGGAGACAAGAGAAGCUCCUCCAUCGUGUGAAGCAUGAUGUUGCCCACAUGAUUGUAGGACAGCAUCCUGAGCACGGUAUGGGACAGGCAUUUCUCAGUGGUGCAUGUUCCCGAGGUUUUGCAGCAGCUGUUGAAUCCUUCCCUCAUGAAGAUGCCCUCCUGUUUGCAGCGCUCAUGGUCCAUGAGCUUGGGCACAACUUGGGUAUUGGGCACGACCACUCAGCCUGCAUUUGUAAAGACAAACACCUCUGCCUCAUGCGUGACAAUAUCACUAAAGAAAGUGGCUUCAGCAACUGUAGCUCUGACGACUUCUACCAGUUCCUCCAGGAUCACAGAGGGGCCUGCCUAUUUAACAACCCUCAGCGGCACAAAGGCCGCUUGCGUAGGGAUUCCUACUGUGGAGAUGGUGUGGUGGAGGGUGAGGAGCAGUGUGACUGUGGUUCUGCCUGUUACACUGACCCAUGCUGUGACCAAACAUGUAUCCUGAAGGGGAGUGCAGAAUGUAGUGAUGGACUCUGCUGCUUUGGUUGCCAAUUGAGAAAUAAGGGAUUCGUGUGCCGUUCUGCUUCAGGAGAGUGUGACCUCCCAGAGUACUGUGAUGGCAGCUCUGCAGAGUGCCCCACAGACACCUUUAAGCAAGAUGGUACACCGUGCGAUAGACUGCACAUCUGUAUUGGAGGUCAAUGCAGAAACCCUGAUAAUCAAUGCAUGGCUAUGUAUGGGGACACUGCACGGUCUGCCCCAGAAAACUGUUACAUUUCAAUAAACAGCAAAGGGGACCGGUUUGGAAACUGUGGCCAUCCCACUUCGGCAAUGCCAAGAUAUAUUAAGUGUUUUGAUGAUAAUAUAUUUUGUGGGAAAAUUAUAUGUACAAAUAUUAGACGGGUCCCAUCCAUCAAACCCCAUCGCACACUGAUCCAGAUUCCUUACGAAGGUGACUUCUGCUGGAGCUUGGAUGUCUAUAACAUUACUGAUAUCCCUGAUGAGGGAGAUAUGCACUCUGGCACUGCUUGUGCCCCAAACAAAGUCUGCAUGGAUUACUCCUGCACUGAUCAUGUUGUGCUCAAGUAUGACUGCAAACCAGCAGAAAUGUGCAAUGGGAGAGGAGUCUGUAACAAUUUAAGGCACUGCCACUGUGAGGCUGGCUAUGCACCGCCUGACUGCCAAACCCCAGGAAGUGGGGGCAGUGUGGACAGUGGUUCUCCUGGCAAAACAGAGGUUGAAAAUCCAAGUGAGGAUGAAGGGAACAGUUAUAGUGUUGCUCGUGGUAGUUUUGGCAGAGGAGAGAAUAGGGAUGAAAGCAAGACCAUAGGACAGUUAGUGUACAUAUUCCCCUUGCUUCUUUUAGCUAUAUUUUUAUGUCUAAUUAUAGGUGUCUGUUUUGGGGCUAGAAAUGAUUUUUCACAGUGCUCAGAAGAGGCCCCAGAAGAAAGUGAAGAAGAAGUUGCACAAGAAGAGGAGAAAGUCAUAGGAGAGCAAACCCCAACAACAGAAAAUGAGUAGUGACAGGAACAAGUUUUCUAUAAGAAACUAUUCAUACACUUGGCCAGAAGGAGGCUCAUUAGAACAAAUCUGAAGUAGGUUUUGAGAGUGGCAGUGGCUCUGAUUGAAACUCUAAAGACUGCAGAAAUAUACUAAUGUGGGCGGAGGAAUUUUAUUCUUCUUUUAGUAAUUAAUUAUAUAUGCAUAUAAAAAGCAUUUAGAAAACAUUUUUACAUUUUAUAAAACCAUUUAAAUAAACUUUUCUUAUGAAUAAUUCCUGUAAUGUAUUAUCUUAGUAAAGCCAAUUUUUGAGUUGCCAGUUUUUCAGAGAAUGCCACCUUCUAUCCUCUUUGUUAGACAUAUAUAUCUGCGCUAGGUUUUUCAUCCCAAUCAUAAAUUUACAUUAUAUUAGAAAGGUUGUUUGAUUUGUUGCUCUAUUUGAACUGGAGAAGUAUACUCAUGAAAUAAAAAGAUUUUAAAUUAAAAAGUAAAUAACAGUGUUCACAUAAGGCAUCAUUUUAGGCUUUCUGUGGCCUAUAAACUUUAGAUUUGGGACUCUCUGGAAGGGCUCUAUCUGACCCAGGGCGGUGUGAUCACCCUGUGUCU